AUGGCUACACGCGAUAUUCUCGAGACACCGCAGCGGGUGACGCUGACCUCGCUCCCCGGGGAGCUGCACAACUACAUCGUUGCCGAGCUCGACGCGAUCGGCCUCAUCAGCCUCAGCCAGACGAGCCAUUAUUUCCGCUCGUUGAUCAAACCGAACAAAAGAGAAAUGGGCGAAUGGCUUCUCGCCAUAGAGGACCGUCGCGAGCACGAGGCCCAUGUGCAGCAGUAUAGCGAGCAACGGACUCGCCCACGGGGUUCUCGGGUGUACAAGAAACGCUGGGAGCUGCAUAAGUGGGCCUGUACAGGUUGCUUGCGGAUGCUAUCACAUAUCCAUUUUGAUAACAGGUCCUUGCACACGGCGUCAACAACGGCGAGAUGGAGACGGUGUGGCUAUAUCCAGACGUCGUGGACGCCAAAGCGGUCUGGCGGGGAACGGGAUUCCCGUUUGUGGGAACUCGUGUGUUCCCCCGUGUGGGAUCGCCUGUGCAACGAGUGCCAGUAUCAGGCUGGAAUCUUGUCGCCGCCGUCUUCUGCAUGGGAUGGACAACGGCCAGCGCCCGUACAAUGCAGCCGCACUGCCUUGUUCAGAUCGACUCUGGACCGCUUCUAUCCCUGCCUUGAACGGGUACUUGGGGGGACGCAACCCGUGUCACCCCAUGCAAAAGACUGCUCCCACUGCCAGGAGAGAAGGUUUUCUCCGCACAGGGUGUAUCAAUGGCAGUUGUGUAUGGCCCGGUGCCCCGGGUGCGAGCGGUGGCAGGAGCUGAGGGAAUUCCGUGAACCCCCAAUGCUGGAGAUGACCUUGUCGCCCGGCGCGCUCUGCAACUCCUGUUACAAUGAGGAGUUUGGCCGAGAGGCUCUGGGCGAGGACCUGCUGCCACAUUUGAAAGGCCUGAUCGUUGAGAAGAUGGAAGCCCUGGAACGCCACCUUACACUUUACGGGCGGAUGCUGGACUUCAUGUGGCCUCUUCUCAGAAUGAGGGAGGGUUUGCUUUGGGUGAUCGACGGUGUGAUUCAGUUGGGGCGCAGGGGGCGCCUUACUCGUGAAAAGAUUGACCGGCUCACCAAGUUUCAUGAACAGUACACGCAUCUCAGACAUGAAGUGGUGACCCAUGAGGUGACUGGGCGGCAGAUAAACUCUUUGAUAUCGCUGGAAGAAGUGCUUGGCUUUGAGGAGUGGUUCCUCUGCUUCGAGGAGUUCAAGGCUGAGUGGCUCUGGCUGGCAGCGUGCGAGGAGAAGAUUGACCGGGAGCCUGGCUUGUUGGCGGAAUGGGCACUGGGGAGAGAUGGUGCUUCGCUUGAAUAG